CCCACGCACCAGUACAGCGUCCUGCAGGGCGGCUGUCCAUGGCCAUCAAGCCCAGGGCAGUCAUGGUGCAGCCUAGUUCUGGAACCACGACAGCAGCCGCCAACACGUUUGCCAGGGACACCCAACGUCCUGCAGGGCUGCUGUCGUUGGCCAGCAAGCCCAGGGCAGUCCCGGUGUGUCCCAGUGCGGCAACUAAGACUGCGGCUGACACCAAGUUUGCCAGAGAGGCACCAGUGAGGCCAUCGGCCGCCCGAAAAGGUGUUCAGCAACCACAGGUCGGAUCCACGUCUGGGGCAUCAAAACAUGCUCGAGGAAUGCCUUCUGCACCUACUGUGGCAAAGCGGCCGGCAGACCGACCAACACCAGCUGUGCCUGAACCACGUAGGCCUCUGGGACCGCCUGCAGGACAGACUGGGGCCUCGAAGAGAAACCUCCGACCAGUGGGUGGGGCGACCAGUGGGCCGGCACGAGGCCCAGCGGCUAGGCUAUCGACUGCUGCAAAGGCACCACGACCUCUCCUCUCUGCGCCACGGCGCACCUUGAACGAGCACGGUUUUCUGGACGUGGAGGCGAUGGACAACGACGUGUUCUACCGCAUGUUUCGGUUUGAGAAGAUCGACUUCCGUGACCUAGUAUCAACUCUUCAGAUUCCGGAAGAGGUCGUCAGCGCCCAGCGCGUCCGUGUUUCAGGCAACGAGGCGCUCUGCAUUACGCUUCGGCGCCUAGCCUACCCGAACCGUCUGUGCGAGCUCGAGCUACUGUUCAAUAGGCACAGCUCUGUGCUAUCGAGCGUGGUGUCGACAGUGUUAGCGCACAUCGAGUACCACUUCGACCAUCUACUCGCUGACCUGACGACGCACCAAUGGUUGAACUUGCUCGCCAUCGAGAACUUCUCUGAGGUAAACACAAAUGGCAUACACAAAUCUGCACACCAUACAUGA